AUGACGUCCUAUAUUUCAGGCCUCCUUAGGAACCUCCUGUUGCCUGACGGGUCAGGUCUGGCCAUCGCCAAGGAGAAUACUGGCAAUCCUUCCAUAAACUACAUAACCAUGUAUAGUCCAGAGCUCGUGCUGUCCAAGGCCGAAACGUUUGAAGAACUACAUAAGAUGAUCAUUUUCUUUGCAGAUCCUUCCAACCAAAUAGAUAAACAUACUCAAUUGAGCCUAGUGGGGCUUAUUCGAGGCUCCUGUUCGCUAGCGAACGAGUUCAACCCAAGAAGCGGUCCAACCACUGUAAGCGUGGAAGGAGGCGCCAUAGUCGUUGUGGAGGUUGAAAAGGGGUUCUUUAUUGCAUGCUCUGUGUCGCUUCCUACGGAUUCCUCGCUGCAGAGAAGAUUGGUCGAGAUCCAGAUUGAAAGGCUUCUACAGAGGUUCCAUGAGUACUUUAGACUUCUUCAUUCGCUGACUGAAACUAUAUUUAGUGGGGAGGUGAAGGAGCAGCAAAGCCAGCUUCUUAAGGAAUUUUAUCUUGAACUUAUUGACAAUUAUAACGAAGCUGUGCUUACUAGAAGACUUAAACGGGCUCUACUGUGGCCCAACUCGCUUUGCUACCAGGGUCUUUUCCUGUUUUUCCCAAACGGGUCCUAUAAAAAGCUGUCUGUUCGUGUUCCCGACUCUCAAAGACCUGAUUUGGAAGCGUUAUGGGAGAAAUCGGCUGUUAAACCUGCUGCACUGUUUGUUGCACAUAUAGAUAAGACUAUACCUAAACGUGAAGGGCUUAUCUAUAGAAAUCCAGGAAAGAUUGAGGACCUGGCGUUGCUUGAGGUCUACAGAUUGCUUGAAUUCUUUUCUUAUCAUGAUGCCCUUGACGCUGAAAGGCUUGGCCUGAGAAGAGUAUUCAAGAACUUCUUUUCUGGAUCGCUGGAAGAGAGACUACCUCUGCCAGAAGUCCCCGAGCCAGAAGCACUCCCUGCUUCGCUUCAAUUGACUCCAAGCACUGCGUUCCAGCUUCUUCAUCCUGCCAGUCUCGCUCAAACGCUUGUGGUGCUGCCCCUUUCUACCACACUCGAUGGAAUCAAGUUCUUGGGUCUGACAGUGAACGAGCAGCUUCCUUCGGCGUCUUGGAUUCCUUUUAGACGUGCUGCGGAGCCACAGCCCGAGCCUGAAGUUCCUGAAGUUCCUGAAACUGCUUCUUCUGUGACGUCUCUGUUGAGUAAUAAGGGGACCUUCGUUAUGGGGCCAGAUAAGGAAGAUAAUAUCUAUUCUUUCUUGGUUUAUUUGCCUGUGACAAGUAAUGGAUCUCGUACUGUUCAGGAGUUUCUGGUUGUCGUUUAUGUUGAAGACAAUAUAAUGCUUUCACUCGUGUUUGAAUCCAGUGCUCAAGAGCUUACUGAUCCUUCAUUCUUUCACAGCCUUCGCUUCGAUGUCUGUGAGCCUGCAAUUGAAAUUAUCAACGACUGUAUUGCCUUGACUGCUGGCGGUAUGACGCUUAACAGCAGUAUCUCGUCGUUGCCUAAUCCAGUGAGCAACAUCAUAUCCGGCAAGAAUGGAGAAAAUGCUGAUAUUGACAGUGAUUUCUUUUUCAUCAUUUACGACACUAAAGAGAAGUCGUUCCAGUCGUCGCUUCCAUGGCUUCCUCAGUCACAGCUUCCCCUGGAUGUGGGAACCGAAGUGGCCCAAGUCUCUUACCACUACCAGAAUGCCUUCUUUUACCUUCACGACCAGCUUGCAGACUAUUUUGUUAUGAGAUCAGCAGGUAACAUUCUCCAUGAUGGAGGAGUGAGAGAACACUUACACAAGUUCACCACAAACAAGAACAACGAUUGGCUCAUGUAUUUCAUGAGGCAUCGUCAUAAAUCCAUUGUCAUUAUACGCAACUACAACGCUAAACACAAGCAGAAGCCAAAAAUCAUACCCAAAGAAGUGCGUGAGGCCAGUGAGGCCAACCUGUGGACCUCGUCUGUAUACGACUACGCCCACUUGGGAUUCCUUGACAGUUUGGGCGACGAUGUCAAGGUAUGGCUUGGGAACCUUCGUUCCACGCCAGAGGAGUAA